AUGAUGGUAUAUAAAGGAAUAUUUUCAUUUUUAUUGAGCAUAUUACUAGUGGUACUAUCAUUACCUGAACAAAUUUCUGGAAGACCAUUUGUACCUGAAGUAAUUCACGAUAUAUCUUUUGAAAAUAUUAGUUAUGCUCUCUAUAAAAAAAGCAGCGACCUUGCUAUUCAGGAGUUUCAAAAUAAUGGGCACUAUGCAGGGUAUAGACUUGACAUCAAUUAUAUACAAGCAAAAUCUUUUGCAAUUAAAUUAAAUCAAGAUGAUACUGUUUUUAGAUCAAUGAUAAGUGCUAAUAUGAUGAUAAAGUUGGAAGAUCCCUUAAUGAGCUGUCAAUUUUUGUGGAAUUACGUUAGAAUAAAAUAUAAACUAUUUUUAACAGAGAAAAAUAUAUUUGAUCUUUGGAAGGAAACCCUUGUAAUGUUAAAUUAUAUUGUUCCAAAUGAACUCAGUUAUUCUCCAGAAUAUGCUAUUAUGAUUCGAUCUCGUCCAAUUGGAUCAUAUGUUGCAAAUAAGUUACCUAAUUUUCCUACUAAUGAUGAUUUUUUAUUACUAAUCAGCUUGAGUUCAUUAAUAUAUAGGAAUGGGAUAUUUGCAAUUGAUUUAACUGGUGAAAAUUUUGUUCUUAACUCUGAAAAAUCUCUAUUAAGAGAAAAUAUGACUCCUCUUGCAUAUUCAAAUGUUAAAUUUUAUAUUCCAAUUCUUCUUGAGUUAUAUCCCCCAAGUAUAUUAUAUAGUCAAACUUUUACAUCGGUUGGAUUUGUUUACAGGAUAAUAUAUUAUUGUAUAGGAGCUAUCUUUACUGUGGAGGAUGCCUGGCACAUAUGGGCCAAUGUUUUACUUUGGGGAGGAGGAGGUUAUUUACCAAGAUACUUAAGAAGUUAUGAUAAUCAAAUUCUUUUUCAGCAUGAGAAAGAUCCAUUUCCUUUAGAUAGAAAUAUCCUUAUAGUAUUAGAAAGGUUUGGAGCAAUUCAAAAACCCCAAUGGAAUAUUAGAUUUCCUCCUUUUAAUGCAAGUGAGUUGCAUCCAGUAUCUAAAUUUUUGAAUUUACAAGGAUUCCCAAUUCCUUCUAAGUCAUCAAAAGAUCUAUCAGCUAUUAUAAGUAUUUAUCAGAUUUUUCAUUUAUUUUUGAAUAGAUUUAUAAGUAUUAAUAUGGCUUGUAAUAUCUGGUUUGUAGUUAAAAGAUGGGUCGGUAUGACUGAAACCCUAGAUCUAUAUAAUUUUGACAAAAUUAUUAAUAAAAAUAAUAUAUAUAGUAGUACUAUAUUUAACUAUAAAUAUAAAAGUAAAUAUAAUAUUAAUGGUUCUGAUUUGGAAAGUAGGAAUUUUAUACAUUUUCCAAAAUGGAUAGAUGAAUUUACUUAUGUCGAUAUCAAUAGCCAAAAAGUUAAGAAACUUCUUGAUGAUCUAGAAAAAAAAUUCCCCUAUUAUAUAACAUGCCCAAAUGGUAUACUAGUUGAACGGCAAGAAUACAAAUCUGUAAAAUCUAUAGAGAUGCCUCUGACAUCUUUCUAUAAUCGUAAAAGUGAUAGACUUGCUUUAAGUUUAGCAAAGGUUCUGCAUGAAUGGAUUCCUUCCAUAAGUUUUAAUGAUAUUUGCAAUAUAGCUAAAACACUUGCAGUUAGACUCCCCCCUUUGGGUACACUAAAUUCUGAUUUUAUAGUUAGGAGUAAAGCUAAAUUGUGGAAUACACCAAAACUUAAGCCUUCUGAAAAACCCUACUAUAUUCAGUACUGUGUUUACUCACUAGAACAGUUAAUUAGACAGAACUUACAAAGUACCAACUUAAAUUUAACUCAAAACUUUUCAGGAGACUAUUUUGAAAAGAAAUGUUUGGAAGCAUAUAAAACUCAAAUUUCAUGUUCUGUAUCUUUUCCCUUUGCAGUUACACCAGAUGUUCAAGAUAUUUACGAUAUUUACGCUGGAAAUUUAGCAUCAGCAAUGGCUUCCUUAUUUCAUGGAGAAGUACUUUCUUUAAAAGAAGUUGCAGGUACUAUUUGGGAUGGAAUGUUAGAAGCAUUUCCUUCAAGACAAAUACCAACGCUCAUACGUUUACAUAACCCGUGGUUUGAGCCAAAAGAACUAUGUGCUAUAUCAGAAUAUUUCCUAAGUAUCGGGAUUAAAUAUAGAAGUACUCAUCUCAUUAAAAAUAAAUUGGAAAAAUUUUUUUAUAAAAAAAGAGAAAUUUGGUCUUUUUUUCAUCCUGAACUUCCUAUUCCCCCACAAAGAAUUGAAGAAAAUAUGAAAUCUAAACUAAGUAUCUAUAUUCCUCCUAUAGAUUCAUACAACACAGAUGUAUGUCCUAAAAACUCUGAAAAAAAGAAAAAAUUAGAUAAAAGUGAAAAUUGGAAUCUAACAGAACGUCAAAUAAGUGGAAUGAUAUUUAGGGCUGUCAACAACAAAGUUAACUUCAUGAAUAUAUGCGUCAAACAGAUGAAUAUACUUUUUAAUGAUAACAGAAUUAAUUGUUAUCCAAAGAUGAAAUCUGGAAAUUAUUAUCAAAUCUAUUUUAAUACUAUUCGUAAUGUUAGAAACUCUUUUAUCAAAAAAUUAUUUAAGUCAUAUUCAGUUAAUAAAAAAAAGUAUAAUUUGGCUGAGUUAUUAUCUUUUAACGGCGAAACUAUCCAUUCAAAAGCUUCUUUAUAUAUGCAACAGUUUUCAAAAUAUGACUUAUUAAUUAGAUUUGAAGAGAAUAUUCAAAGAUUGUUCAAAUGGUAUAUAUACAGCUCUUGUAAUAUAGCAUUUGAGGUAAUGAAUAGGCGAGAUAUAAAUGGAAAUUUGUUUAUAUAUACAGGAGUUGAAAGUCCUAAAAAAAAAGUUAAUUUUGAGAUUUCCCCUGUAAUUUUUCCUUUUAACAAUGAAAAAGUUUCUCAGAAAAAUAAGGCAUUAUUUGUUGAUGAUAUUAAUCAGUCUCAAAUGAAUUCUAUAAAUGAAGCAGUUAAUUAUGGAUUAAAGUAUAUUCUUGGUGAUCAAUCUGCAACUUUUAAUUUUCAAAAAGCAGUCUUACUAGAUAAUAAUUUACAAUUUAUGGUGGAAAUGGGCUGGAAUCUUGAAUUAAAUGCUUUAGAUCCAGAUUUCAUAGUUAAAAAUGCAAAUUUUCUUUAUUACUAUAUGAUAUCUUCAAAUAUUUUUUUGAGUACUUUUCAGAUCUACAAAAUUGUAAGUAUUGCAUGUGACAUUAUAGCUUGUGCUUAUCAAAAACAAUAUGAGGAGAUAGACAAUUCUAAAACAGGAUUUUAUAUAGAUUCACUUCAAAUAAAAACUUUGACUCAUGUUAAAGAUAGUUUAGAUCAAGAUGCUUAUCAACAAUAUAUUCAAUAUUGGGAUAAAUUACUCAAUAAUAAUUCACAGAUACUGGUCUUACUAGAACUUGUAUUGAAAGAACGAGUCUAUAAAUAUAAUGUACAGGAUAUUUGGGAUAAUUGGAAAGCCAAAUAUAUCAAACUUAAAAUGGCUAAAAAAAUUGUUGAAACUAUUAAAGCUUCAACAUUUACAAAUUUAUCUUUAAUUGAAAAUAGCAUGUAUUGUCUUGAAAAACUAGCGUCUGAUUUUGAAACAAAACCAAAUAUUGCUGUUAUUGGAUGCAAAUCGCAAGACUUACUAGGGUAUUGUAGUAAUGAUAGUCUUCUCGAUGGAGUCAUUGAACUGGCCUUUGCAAAAGCUAUUUAUUCAUUUGUUUCUGAGUCCAGAAUAAGUGAUGACAAAGCACUAGGAUCUGGAGAUAUAAAUUCUAGUGAUAUUUAUAAGUCUUUAUAUAAAGAUAUAGAAGAUAAUAAUAAUACUUUGUGCCAAAUAGUUAAAAAACUUGUAAUAUUAUACAAGCUACCAAAUUUUAUUUACAACUGUCUGAUUACCUUGAUGAAUGAAACAUCCUUUUUACAGUAUAUCCUUAAUUUAUUUCUAAAGAUCCCCACUGUAGAUUAUAAUAUGGCAUUUCAUAUUUGUUCAAAUAUGCCUCUGUCAAGUAAAUGUACUUCAUAUUCAGAUACAGAUUCUAAACAAGAAUAUGGAGAAAUUGCAGAUAUAAUAAAGGGGGAAUUCAUGAAAUUCCAAAGUGAAUAUGUUAUUCACUUUCCACCCGAAUCAUUUUGCUCCUUGGCAAGUUUAUUGGCUUCUGCUCCCACUUUUGGUUCCUGUGUUGAUUAUGUUACCGAUAGUAUCUCAAAAUAUAAAACAUUUUAUUGGCCGGAAAAUAUCGGUUAUUCUAUAUGUUUAAAACUCAAAAGAUGGCCUCUUCGUUGCUCCCAAGAGAAAUUUCCAUUUCACUCACUAAUAGUUUUGAGAUUCCAAAAUCUAAUGAAAAUUGAAGAAAGUAAAAUUGUAGAAGCUGGACUUGAGUCAUUAAAUAACAAUGGAAAUACGCUUCUGAGUAACUUAUUAGAGAUGGGCCAGUCUGUGCAGACAUUAGCUUUUAGAGUCCUUUGCACUAUGUUUGAAAAGGAACGCUACAAUCAGAAUCUCUAUUAUAAAAGUAAAACAUUUCAAGAAGACGAUACUAAAUUGCUAUUAAAUCCUCAUCAUUUUUGCCAUGAGAUUUAUUACCCAAAGCUUACUCUAAAAGAUAUAUAUAGUCACCUAAGGCAAGAUUUAGCCUCCAAAAUUACUAAAGCCUGUAUGGAGGUUUUAGAUACUAUUUUAAAUGAGAUUAAUAAGGAAAAGCUAAGUAUUGAAUAUACAAGAAGGAAUGAAAUUCCAUUAUAUUGGACUAAUAAAACUAACAAUCUACUCCCAUACUAUAUGAAACCUUUGGGAAUUGUCCAUCAGCUUAUUGAACUGUUUAUUCUACCUCCAAAAGUCACUGUAAUUGUAGUUUCACUUUGGAAAGAGUUUGAACAAUUUCAAAAUAUUCAAGAUCCUAAAGAUAUUCGAGAAAAGCUUUAUUUUUUGAUCCCUUUUGGAGCUAAAAUUUCAAUUAUUAAUGUUAAUUCAAGUCUCAAAUCAUUUAUUAAUACUUGUGAACAUAUUUUAAUUUAUCUACUUCAAACUUCUAAUGAUAGAAGACGUGAAACUUGUUUUAAAAUAUAUUCGUUAACUGUCUAUAAUGAUACACUUGUAAACUUCAUAUAUACUAUGUAUGCCACAAAUCUUCAAGCUAUGAAAAUUUAUACUUCUUCAUUUACUAGUGAAAAUCCUUUACUCACUAUGGUGGAGUAUAGAAGUAAAAUCUUGCGUAGUGAUACCUCGCUACGUAUUCAAACUUUAUAUCAGCAUAUGCUAGUUAACUACAUUGAUUAUUCCAUAAAUAAAUCAAUUAAUAAAGAUAUAUUGCUUAAAAAGGAAAAUAUCAAAUUAAUAACAAAAUCUAAGGUUUUUACUCAAGAUUAUAUUAAUUCAAAUAAAUAUAUAGCUAAUGGACUAAAAAUGUUUCUUUUAUUGAUUCAUUUAAGAUUAUCUUCUGCAUUUUCCAGGAAGAAUACCUAUACUUUUCAAAACUCAAUACCGAAAUAUCUUCCAAAUAUACACAAUUUCUUACCUUCACAUCUGGCUUUUCAAAUUAUAGACUCUGAUAGGUGUGUAAAUAUGCUACAUGAAAACUUUAUUUUCCCGUCAUUCUCGGAAAUUCCAGAUGAUUUAGAAGAAAUGGAAAAUACUGAAAAAAAUGAUAGUGGUGAAAAACAUCUAAGUACUAAGAGUAAAAGUUUUAUUCUAUUAGAAAAUAAUGAGGAAAAAGACUUGAAAUCUGAAGAAUAUACUGAAAACAAUCAAAUUAACCAUAUAUGUAAAUUAUUAAGAAAGGGUAUCUCCCAGAGUGAGUUGAAAGGUUAUUAUAGUAAAAUUUUAAUGAGGAUGCUGUUUCAAACUUACCUAUUACAAAUUUCUCCCAAUUACCCCUCCAAAAGUGUCGAAACUGUUGAAAUACAAAAAUCGAAGUAUACUCUGCUUGAAGCUAUAUUGUUCUUUUCUAAAAGAUCCCCUAAGGAGCUUACUAAAAGUUUUAAUUUUCACUGGUCUGACUCUUUUCUUAAAGGGGAUGAAGAAAAUAAUAUUUUUACUCAUUAUCAGACAGUCCCUGAAAUACUCACUUGGUCCAGAAUGAGAAAAUUUUGUCAGAUUAUAAGCAGACAAUUAACUCAUGAAGAUUUUUGGGAAGAAAAUCCUUUUUUAGAGUGUAAAUAUGUUGAUUCAAGUGGAAAUCCCCUUGCUAGUUCUAAGCCCAACUUUAGUGAAAUAAAUAAAGUGAAUGUCCUAUGUUAUAUUAAACCAAAAGAGAACAUUGAGGGAGAUAUAGAUGCUCAAAUAACUCAUCCUAUUACUAAAAAAAUAUUCGGAUUUCUUAAAUAUGGAGAUAAAUCCUAUGGAUCAACAGAAAAUGAGCUUAAUUUAGAAAUACCAGAUGUUCUGAUGCGUGUUUUAGGACGUAUAUAUGGUUUCUGUAUACUCAACGAGACACCUAUGAAUCUUAAAUUACCUACAAUUUUUUUUAAAAAAAUAGUUGGUGAGUCCCUAAAUAGACAACAAGAUGCUGUAAUUUUAAAUAAUAACAUUGCAAAGUAUAUUGCUGUAUUAAAAAAAGCAAAAAUGAGUAUUACAGAUAUGAAAGAAAAAAAAAUAGUCAGGUAUGGAGUUGAUAAGGCACUAGAAUAUUAUAAGAUUAAAACCCCUCUUUUAUUUGAAAUCCCAAAGCAUAGAAAGUAUUCUCAAACUGAAGUAGAACCAUUUGAAAUUCAUAAUACAGCCUUAUUAGAAGUUUAUAUAUACAUACUCCAAAGGUAUUAUAUGGAGGAGUAUGCCGAAGAUGAAAUAGAAAAUUUCCUUACUGGAAUUUAUGAUAUAAUUCCCAAGAGAUUCUUCUAUAUGUUUAAUUCAGAAGAGUUACAAGAAUAUAUACAAGGAUCUAGAAUGAUGGAAUUUGAACCUUUUAAGGAAAUUGAAAGAAUACCGGAGUACUUUUAUGCUGAAUCUGAAGAAUUUAAACUUUAUCACAAAAAAUUGAUUAUCGAUUAUUUCUUCAAUGUAAUUAAAUUUCAUAUCUCGAGUUCUCAGUUGGACAUUUUCUGGUCUUGUUUUACAGGUACUACUGGAUAUGGUAUUCCUGGAGCUUUGCAAGGUAAGAUCAGAAUUAUGGAAAUUCCACAAAAAAAUGAGUAUGGUGAUUUACAAGAGAUCAAGAUAGAUCCAAACACACUCACAAUAUAUCUCCCAGCAUACUUAAAUUUAGAAGAAAUGAAGAUUUACGUCAAUAAGGUGAUAGAAAAGUGUGACAAGUCUAAUAAAGGAACGAAAUAA